AUGUCCUUCUUCCUCCGCACCCGGCCCUCCUCAUCCCUCCUCACCAACGCCCUCCGACCCCUCCGCACAUUGCCCCCUCCGCGCUCAUCCCGCACGAUCCACACGCCGCCCAACUUCUCCGGCCUCAACUGCGUGAUCACAGGCGCCUCGCGUGGCAUCGGCCACGCCAUAGCCAGCCACCUCGCCUCGCUGAGAGCCAGCUGCUUCCUAGUCGGCCGCGACGAAGCGACGCUCUCCUCCGCCGCCGCCAACCUCACCGCCUCGCUCGCACGCCCAGAAUGCACGCCCGAUAUCAGCUACAUAGUCAUUGACGAUGUCGCGUCCACAAAGUCAUGGGAGGAGAUUGCCAAGGCGUGUCCGCGCCCGCAUAUCGUGGUCAAUGCGGCGGGCGUGAGCCAGAACCAGGUGUUUCUAAGGACGGGCGCGGAGGAGUGGGAUAAGGUGCUGAAUACGAAUCUUACGGGGACGAUGCUGGGGUGUAGGUAUGCGGCGCGGCAGAUGCUGCGGAUGAAGAGUGGGGGGUGUAUUGUCAAUAUUUCGUCUUUGCUGGCGAUUAGGGGCGGGAAGGGCGCUGUGGCUUAUGCGGCUAGCAAGGCGGGAGUGUUGGGUUUGACGAGAGCACUGGCGGAAGAACUGGGACCAAAGGGUAUACGCGUGAACGCGAUUGUGCCGGGGUAUAUCGAAACGGAUAUGACAGCAGCAAUGAACCCUGCCGUAGUGAAGUCUGUCCGUGACAGAAUACCGCUCCAGCGCUUCGGCACCGUUGAUGAAGUUGCUGAAGCAGCGGUGUUCCUCGCGACGAACAAGUACGCAAAUAACUGCGUCAUCACUCUGGAUGGGGGUAUGAGCGCUGCGGUGAGCACCUCUUUGAACGCCAACGCCAAGAUGAUCUGUUUUGAUUCUGAUGCAUUCCAGUUGUCCGAUCCGCCCAAGGGUGGUAGCAGCCAGGUGGUUGAUCCGCACUGA